AUGGGACCCAGUAUACAGCCUCAGACUGCUCCUGGAAAUGGAGCCGGUGCGAACAAUGGCACAACCACAAUUUCUCGAAAGCGGCCUACAUCACCAAGCAAAGAGAUCGUUGGCGGGGGAGCUGGAGACAAGCGGGCACGUGGUGACGCGGGCCCCUCAAAUGCGAACAAGAGCGUAAAUCCGCAGCAUCAGAGUCAGGAAGACUACAACAAACUUGUUAAGAGCGUCCAUGGACCGCUUCCCGAGACCGCUGCGUGGGGUGAUGAAGCGACAAAGUUAGUAUCCUUUGGCGAUGUGCUGGGCACAUUCCGCAUCUGCUCAGACUGCUAAUGACCCCGUUCUCACCACAUGAGCAGGCUCGAUGUGUACGUAUGGGACUACCUCACGCGGCGAGGAUUUCAUGGCUCUGCAAAGACGCUCGUGAGCGAGGCUGGGAUGGUAGAAAUCCCCCAGGUCCCUCUUCGCACCCCUCAAGGUCUCUUGUUCGAGUAAGUGGCUCUCUCGGACGCGACUGCCAUCCGCCCACGUAUCCCUCACGAAUAAAUUCACCAUCCGUAUUCCUAUUAAGGUAUUGGGCAAUUUUUUGGGACGUUUUUGCCGCGCGCAAUGGGCGAGGGUCUGCUGAGGCCACCGCAUAUCACGAGUUCAGAGAGCAGCAGCAGGAACGUCAGGUGGCGACGAGGCGCGUCGAGAGCCAACUCGCUCAAGGUGUCCCUCCCUCAGAGACUGCUCGCUUCCCAAACAUCGUUGUCGGUGCAGGAGGACAGCCACGAAGCUCCAUUGCUGGUGCGCCUUCAGCAGGUCCCAACGGUCUCGAUCACAACGCAGGACGGCCCAACAUCCCUGCUCUCGCUGCUUUGACUCCACAGCAACAGCAAGCGCUACUGUUCAAUGCUGCAGCCAGGCAGGGGCUCUCCCGAGAAGAAGCACUCGCUUUAGCGCCUCAAACCAAGCUAGGACUCGUACAAGGUGCUUUGGCAAACGCUCGGCAAGGUAUGGAUGCUCAGAGUAGGAUGCAGCAAUCGCAGCAAAUGCUAGGCAGGCACUUGCAAGCCCAGCGUCAACAAGGCGCGGGCUCGCCAGUCGCUGGGAGUGCGACCUUGCCAGAGCACGCAGGUGGCUCCGCGUUGCAACGGCCAGGACAACCGCGACCUCCCCAAAUGCCAGGUAUGCAUAGCUCUCCAGUAUCUCAACACUCGGGUAUGGGCUUGCCACCCGGCGUCAACGCGCCCCACAAUGCGCAAGGUGGUCCGAAUGUGGAUGGAAGGCGAUCAGUGGGUCCGAAUCAGACGCCUUCUUUACAGGGCAGUCAUCCUGGCACGCCGGCACCGAAUCCAACGCAACAACUGCUGCCGCCAGGUCUCUUGUCUCAUGGCGGUCUCCCUCUUUCGGCAUCGCAAUCCGACAUAGAGGGGCCUGACGGUCAGAGAUAUCCACUCUUGUCAAACCAGCAAAUGUUCUGUGAGUCUCGAAGUGUCGCCUCCCGUUUAUCAGGUCUCUUGCUGAAAUCUUUCUUUUGCACGCCGCGACAGCCGUUAUAUCUCAAAAUUCUCUUUUGAUGCAGCAGGUACGGCAGCAGCAGCAGCAACAACCACCGCCCGGCCACGUGGUGGACGAGGCACAGCGUAGCAAGAAUAUCGCAUCCUUGGAAGGAAGGCGUAAGCAUCUUGAAGCUAUGAUUAAGGCUCAGCCCAACCACCAGGAGCAUCUUCGGUUAUGGCAGGAAGGGCAGAUCCGUCACAACAGACAGGGCCACGCCUCUCCCAUCUCCGCCGGAGGCGGCCCUCUGCACGGAAUGAACGGGAUGGUGCCAGGCGCGAACCCCGGCAAUCAGCCCGGGCAGCCACAAAGGGGCCGCAUGACACCGGCUAUGGCGACCAGCGAUCCCAAUCUUAUGAUGAGCAUGAUGGGCGGAGGUGGUGGACCGAAUCCCUUGACGAAUGGUAUGCCAAGAGCCGGACCACCAGGAUCCAAUUUCGCGCAGCACGGCGUGAAUGCGUUCCCGAAUAUCCAGCAGAACGGGCCCUCACGAGACGGCUACGGUCCACCGCACCAACCUGGCCAGCCUCAGCUUGAUGGUGAAGAGGGUGCUCAGCAGCGUACGCAACCCGCUUUUGCGAAUCCCUUCGCAGCAGGACCGCAGCACCCUCAAGGACAGCAACAGGCGCAAUUCCAGCGACCGGGAGGAGCACCGCCAGGCGACGAUCCUCAGGGAAGCAAUAUGACGCAGGCUCAGCAUAGUCUCGGGCUUCCUGGCCAGCACCAAGGCGCUACGCCUGGGUCAAGCGGUCCACAAGGUCCGCAGUUUGGUAUUCCCCAAACGCAACGACCCGGAAUGGCGCGACAAGCAAGCGGAAUGGGACCACCCACAGUUCCCGCCGCCAGUCCACGUGCGCAACCUGGCAACGUUGGCGCCUCACCUGCUUCAACCACUGCUGGCGCGACACCCAAGGGAGCCGCAGCAGAGAAGAAGAAAAAGGAAACGAGGGCGAGGGUGAGUUGUUUGAUCGUCGAGAUUCGAGAUGACUUCUUUGUCGAGUGUACGUAGCUGAGAUGCAAAUACACCGACCUCGGAAAUUUGUAGAAAAACUCCAAAGCUGCCAAUAAGACACCAGUCAUCGGCUCGGCGAGUAUAGCGACUGGCGUCGCCGGAGCCAACGCUGCGACUCCGAUUGCGCCGACACCAGGCAGCUCGAGCAUACCAACGCCCGGACGCGAUGCGCUCGGCGCAAGUAUGCCUGACAAGGGCGGUCCGCUUGCUGCUGGCGGAGAUCCUACCAGCUCAGAUCCCGCAGGUCAAGCACCGCAAGCGAGCGGACCUCCCCACCCAAUGGACUUUCUUGGGACGAACGCUGCAAACGGCCAAGGCAACGCGUCCUUCGACGCCUCCAAUCUUUUUUCCACCACCGCAGGGGCUACUGGCGCCGGUGGCCAAACAGAUUCAUCGGGCAACGUGGCGGACUUUUCCGCAAUCUUUGCAAACGACCUUGGAGAUAUGUUUGGCAUGGGCGACUUCGGCUCUGCCAUGGGCGGCGAUUCUGGUCAGACAGGCAAUGGGUCCCUCGCCAAUACCACAGAUUGGGACUUUACAUCCGGCUUCUUCACCAAUGACGGCUCGUAA